AUGAAGAGAGGACUUGCAUCUUAAGUUGCAGCUAAGAACAAGGAAUAAUAGGCUUAAGCUAAGGCAUAAGCUUAAAAAGAGAAAUAAGAGGCUUAAAGAACCAUGUAGUAAACUAAAUAAUUUGACAACUAUGAAAUCGCAAUUUAAAUCAUGAAAGCUAGACGCAAAAAUGAGGAAGCUUUUCCAUCGAAAGAUAUCGAAACGUUAGUGGAAAUGGCAAUUAAAGUUGUAGCUGCAAACUUCGAUAGGUACCCAGAUCUUGAAGGAGUCACUGAUACUUUCGUUUAAUCUGAAAUUGUAAAACUUGCUGAUAAGUCACUGCCUAUUACAGUUACAGCUCGUAAUAUUGACUUUGAAUUUUAUUGGGAAGAAAAAUGUAAAAAAUAACUUAAAAACUGCAAGAAAGAAGAUCAUGGAUGCAGUCAUAAGCAAGCUUAUAUUGAGAGACAUCUUCAAACUCUAUUAGAAAAUCAUAAAGCAGAGGCAAGUAUUGAAGAACUCAAGAAAGAGUUGGAGGCAGCCAGAUAUGAAGUAUUUUGCUUAAACAUUACUUAGCUUUUAUCUCAUUUGGAUAUGGGAAUUGUAUUCAGAUAUCUCCCAAACUUAGCUUAUUUAACCUUGACUUAUGGAGCUAAGCAUGUUGGAAUGGAAUAUGAAAGACCAUUAUUCGGUAUGAAAAUGUCUGAUGCAAAGAUCUUUUCUGAAUGCUUAAGAUCUACACAAUCACUCAUUUACUUAUCACUUCCUGGCAAUCUUAUUGAUGAUGACCUUAUCUCUAUCUUGAUAAAAGGUCUUAUGCUCAACAAAACAUUAUCUCAACUUGAUUUUUCUCACAAUAAAAUUUCAAACUCAGGUGCUCGUAAAAUUGCUAAGUUCCUGCUUUAAACUUAAAUUCUAACCCAUUUGAAUCUAUCAGAUAAUAUGAUUCAUUAUGAAGGUUCAAGAUAUCUAGCUUAAGCACUUAAGGUUAAUAAAAGUUUGAGACACCUGAAUCUAAAGCUUAACAGAAUUGAUGAUAAAGGUGGUUCUAAGCUUUGUAUCGAUUUGUAAAACAAUAACUCUAAUCUAGAAUUCUUGUCUCUAUCUUCAAACAGUUUAGGCCACAUGUUCUGCGAAUCUUUGGCUGAAUUCUUGAAAAUAAAUAGAACUAUUAGAAGAAUAGACAUCUCCUGCAACUUCAUAGAUGACUCAAAUGCCAAUACUCUCAAGGAUUCUCUUGAAAGCAACUCAAAUAUCAUUGAAAUCGAUGUAAGGAACAAUCAACUUAGUGAGGAGACCGAAGCUGAGAUCAAUGAAAUCGUAACCAAGAACUUGCUUCUCAGUAAAAAUAUUCCCUUCAAAAAGUUAGGAGACUUUUCUACAUAAAACAGAGCAGAAUCUUAGUUUAGUGCAACAAAGUAAUAAACAGCAGCAGAUAAGAGAGUUAGUGUUGCUUCACCUAACGUAGGUAAUACAGGCAGAGAGUAGGAUAGUCCCAAAAGAGAUUGA